UAGUGAUGUUUGACGAUUCCUAUCAAAUAGAAUCAGUAUUAGGGGUGUGUGCCUUAUUUUCUCAAUCUCUCCCCCUCACGGUGACUGUGGCUGAAGUUUCUUGGCCACAUUAGCUUCUGAAAACGCUUCCUCUUCUUUAGUCCUCUUUACCCAGCAACAGCCAGAUCAGCCAUUUUGGCUUCUCUGAUUGGCUGAUCCAGCCUUGCUGGUUUCCCCUGGUCUAUGCAGUCAGGCUUCAGAACCAGGUUUCAGAGUUUCAGGUGUCCUCACUCCCCCUCAGUUCCUCAUUAUUGUCUCGUGAUUACGGUCAUCAGCCGUAGAUUCCCUGACCUGUGCUCUGAAGAGAGAAUGUUCCAGACUAAAGCUGAGGCCCUGAGAGCCUCCUUCCUGGCCUUCCUGCUGAGUCUCCCAGGAUCUGGGGCCAUCAAAGCGGAGCACGUAGCAACGUACGACAUAUUUGUGCAGACGCAGCACCCGUCUGGUGAAUGCAUGUACGCGUUUGACGGUGAUGAGCAGUUCUACGUGGAUCUUGACAGGGAGGAGACGGUCUGGGACCUGCCGGAGUUCAGCAAGGUGUAUGCGUUUGACGCCCAGGAGGCUCUUCCCUACAUCGACAGCCUGAAGAACAACUUGAGAGCCUUGAUCCAGAGAUACAACGUCACCCAGGACCCCAGCGAGCCUCCCGAGGUGACCGUGUUCCCUAAGAACCCGGUAGAGCUGGGCCAGCCCAAUGUCCUCAUCUGCCACAUCGACAGGCUCUUUCCCCCAGUGCUCAAUGUCACAUGGCUACGUAACGGGCAGCCGGUCACCGAAGGAACUUCAGAGACCGUCUUUCUGGCCAGCACAGAACUCAGAUUUCACAAGUUCCACUACCUGACCUUCAUUCCCACAGCGCAGGAUGUGUAUGACUGCAGGGUGGAGCACUGGAGCCUGGACCAGCCGAGUCUCAGUCACUGGGAAAUGCAGGAGCCAGUCCAGGUGUCCGAGACAAUGGAGACCACGGUCUGCGCCCUGGGCCUGGUGGUGGGCCUGGUGGGCUCCGUGGUUGGUAGUGCGCUCAUCGUAAGGGCUCCGCAUGGCGGCCAUAACCCUCGGACCCAGGAACCCCUGUGAUGGUAUUUCUGAAAAGAACAUGGCCUUGAGAAGAUGCCCUGAACUUGUGCCAUUGCUGCAUAGCCCCGGCUGUUCUGGAGCUCUGUAACCUGGCUGGCCUUGAACUCACAGACGGCUCUGCCUCUUUGACAGACUUAAAGCGCUCAGCCCUAGUACCACAAACUAAUGGUAACAAGUGGGCGUUGCUGUGCUUGGUACCAACCUGGACACCCUGCCCUGGGCUCUAGGCUCCUCCAUGAACGCUGCUGUCUGCUUCCAGGGAAGGCCAAAGAAUUAUUUUUUCCUGUUUCUGAGGUGGGAGACUGAGUCUUGCUGGACGUCUGGGACCAGGUCACUUAUGACUAAUAUCUCAUGGCAGUGUGCCUUCAAGUGGCCCAUGGGAGUAGUUCCUGAGGGCUCUGACCUCACUUGCUGGGAGGGUUUGAGAAUUUGGAUUUGGCCCUGGGGAGGGACCAGUGGUAAAAUUUAUUUGGAUGAAGAUUUGUUUGGAUGAGUUUGAGGGCUACAGGGGUUGGAGUUCCUAAGGGAAGAGUCAGACCCUUCCUCUUGUUUGAUUGUAAUCUCUCUUGAUGAAUCUUCACUUCUUUUUUUUUUUUUUCUUUUUUCUCUUUUUUCCAGAGCUGGGGACCGAACCCAGGGCCUUACACUUGCUAGGCAAGCGCUCUACCACUGAGCUAAAUCCCCAACCCAAAACCUUCACUUCUAAUAUAUUAGGUAAAACUAAGAUGGCAUCUCAUGGAUAUUUUUUUAUUUUAUUUUUUAUUUAUUUUUAUCAAGACAGGAUUUCUCUGUGUAGCCCUGACUGUCCUGGAACUUGCUCUGUAGACCAGGCUGGCCUCAAAUUCACAGAGAUCUGUCUGCCUCUGUCUCCUGAGUGCUGGAAUUAAAAGCAUAUAUCACCA